CUCAGUAACACCACCCACAAAUGUCCCGCCCAAGUUCACCAGCUCCUUCUAAACCUUGAUGUAUCAGUCCAAAUGUACACUGUAUUAUGCAAAACCAUGCUACUGCUGGACGUUGUAAUGUUCAUACACACACACACACACACACACACACACACACACACACACACACACACACACACACACACACACACACACACACACACACACACACACACACAGACACACAGGGUCUUUUAGAACCUUGGCAAUUUAUUUAACGAUCCAUUACAAUUCAUAAAGCCUCUAAAACAAUCAGCUUUUUUAGUCAUAAAAUGUCCACAAUCUACUUACCCUCACUACUUCCUUAUUACACUGGAAUACCUAAUUUUAGGCCUUUUCUUACAUCAGGUAUGUUGGAUAAAUAAUACCUUCUUAGGACAAUUUCAAAGGUUGUUAUUAUUAGCUUCACAAAGUACCUACUCUUAACAGGCCACCGAGAGAGGUAAGCUCCUUUUAACCACCAUGUCGGAUGAGAUCUUCCACUCCACAUUACUUAUUCUACAUCAGCCUUUAGUGGUAGUCCUCCAGGAACUAGUCUGGGCCCGUUUGUGAGACCUUCUUCCCUCUGUUUCCCCUCCUUCCCUUCCCUCAGACGAGAACCUCCUUCUCAAACACGACAAGGCCUUCUUGCUGUCCAUGGCCAACCGCGGCAAGGACACCAACGGUUCCCAGUUCUUCAUGUGAGUACCAGCCCAGUACUCAGUUGGUGUGCGUAGCGUUCCUUCUCCUGUCGGACCUCAUCUAGAUCUCCGACUGCACACUUUGUGCUCAUCUUUUUAUUGGACUAUCACGCAUGGCAGUUGAGAGAUAGGAGUUUUGGGGUUUUGUUGACUUGAUUCUCGUAGUUUUGAUUUGUCAGGUCAAAUGUGUCAUUUCAAGUCAAGUCCCAAUAAGCAUAACCCUGCCUCCGACCCUCUAUUAGUUAGAAUUCACAGAAUACAGAGAAACAUCGACUCUCACCUACAAAUGUGUUACAUUUUCUCUCCACACGUUUUCUGUAACAUUUGCAGAAACUCUAACAUCCUGCCCUUCCAAGUACUACCAAGAUGGCGCCUCACCUCGAUGGGGUGCACGUGGUGUUUGGGCUGGUCAUCUCCGGCUUCGAGGUGAUCAAGAAGGUGGAGGGUCUGAAGACGGACUCGGCCAGCCGGCCCUACGCUGACGUCAGAGUGGUGGACUGUGGGCAGCUCUUCACCAAGUCCGCCAACGACGUGCUCGAGGGCAAGAGAAAGCGGGCCUCUCAGUGUGCAGACCUGUCCCAGAGCCGCCAGGGGUCUUCCUCUGGCUCGGACCCCCACGGGGAGGCUGGCACGCGCACGCGCUGCAAGCGCAGGAGGCGCAACGCAAGCAAUCGCUCGGAGAACACAACCAUAAACAGUGACCCAAUCCUCUCCGAUCAAGGUCCCGUGGAGGGGGACCUGGAGGAGGGAGGGUACGAUGAAGACGAGGAGGGAUGGAAGGAGCAUGUUGGGAAGAGGAGCAAAGCUGUGGUGAGGCCGGAGGAGAUUCCACCCGUCCCAGAGAACCGCUUCCUGCUGAGGCGGGGCAUGGCGUUGCAGGAGGGGAUGCCAGAUCUGAGAACGGAGCAUGACGAGUCGUCUGUGCCAUCUGACCUGAAGCCCACGGUCACCAAGUCUGGGCGCAAGAUCAAGGGAAGAGGGACAAUGAGAUACCACACUCCCACUCAGUCCAAGUCUCGCUCGGCCUCGGCAGAGGAGCCAGGCAGCAGCGAGACCCCGCCCCACUGGAAGGAAGAGAUGAAGAGGAGCCAGGUGUACCACCCCCCCAGCGCCGAGAGGUGGAGCCGAGGGGACCGGCUGAAUGACCAUUCUUCAACCAGAUGGGGCGACAGGAGUGACUCUGCAUGGUCCCGUUCCCAGGACGGCUCACCUGGCCAGGAGUCCAAUCGGUCCAGCCUACACCUCCCAGCCAAAAAGGAGAAGAAAAAGUCAAGGCGCAAGAAAAAAAGCAAGAAACGAAGGCAUGCCAAAAAGAAGUUCUCCAAGAGCAAGCCUCCGGAGCCGCUCACCUCGGGGAGUGAGCGGUCUCUAUCCUCAGCCAGACAGUCCCAGCUAAGGGGACCUCUCUCAGCUCCCUGCCCUGGACGCACACUGUCCAGUAAGAGGUCAUCGCCUCCUUCCUCCAGAAAGUUGCGCUCCUACUCCCGGUCCAACACAUCCAGCCAUUCCAGAUCUCAGAAAGGGUCACGGUCCUACUCAAGAUCAAGAAGUUUAUCGAGAUCUAGAAGCCGUUCUAGGUCGCUUUCCAGAUCAAGAUCUCAGUCCUAUUCCCACUCUCGUUCUAGAUCCAGGACGAGAGUGCGAUCUAGCUACAGAUCCAGGUCUGUGUCAUGCUCCAGGAGGAGGACUUCCUCUAAAUCUCCCAGAAAAAGUAACGAGAGCAAGUUGAGGACACGGAAAUUGACUCAAGUGCAAGCAAAGAUUCCAGAGCCCAAAGUCCCACCUGUGGCGGGUGUUCCUACAGUUCCAGUUCCCGAAACUGUCCCGGUAAUCCCACUCAGUGACAGUCCUCCACCCUCUCGCUGGAAGCCAGGUCAAAAGCCCUGGAAGCCGUCCUAUGUCAAUAUUCAGGAAAUAAAAGCAAAUCCAGGCUCCACUCCCCCGUUCCCCUCUGGUCAGGAGCCUGUUGUUGGGAUGGUUCUGGUCCAAACAGUAGCUACCCCAAAGAUUACCCAAGGGGACUCGCAGAGUGGGUACAGUCCCAAGGCCCGCCGACCCCCAACACGGCGCUCCCCCAGCGGUUCCUCAAGUGGCUCCUCCAGGGGUCGGUCGUACAGCCGCUCAUUCAGUCGCUCCCGGAGUGGGGGUAGAUCUAGGUCGGGGUCUAGGUCUCCCCAUAAACACCGCAGCAGAUAUGCAGUGUGUAGCGGAUCAGACUCCAACCACGACUCACACAAGAGGGGUAAAGACAGGAAGAAGUCUAUGGAAAAAGAGUGGAAGAAAUAUUACAGUUCUCUAAAGAGAAUCAAGAAUUUAGAUAAGUACAUUUCCCUUUCUUGUAAUCAAAGUCCCAAUUCAGGUGCCAUAACGGGUGGUGAGAACAGCCCGAAUGUCAAUGGUGCGAAAAGUGAAAGAGUAUCAUCUAUAAAGGGGGAGGAGAACCAUUCUGAAGGUCACCAGGUAAAGCGUACCAAUUCAAUGUCCAACCUGAACAGCAGGUCUGAAUGGGACAGCGAUGGAGACAAAGAGGGCCAAGCAAACAGUACUGGUGCAACUCAGAAGCCCAACCCAGGAGCCAGUGAAGCCCUUCAGAGAAAGCUGUCUGUCCUGGCUGGGUGGGAUUCAGACAGCGAUUCUGAACACCUACUAGCCAAGACCUCAGCCUCUGAGAAGGAGGAAGGGGAGGCCAGCUCGGAGUCGGAGCGAGAGGCUGGCUCCAAGCCUGGAUCCAAGGCUCUUCCCAGGAGCGCAAAGAAGGUCACCCACUUGGAGAAACGCAAGAGCAAGAAGUCCAAACGCAAACAUAAACGCAAAAGGAGAGGAGAGACCAAAUCUGGCUCCGGACACCCCAAGGACAAGGCAAAGAGAUCCAAAAGGAAACGCCACAAGUUGAAGGAGACCUUUCACUGGCAGCCACCUUUAGAGUUCGGAGAAGAGGAUGAUGAGGUCGAAAACCAGAAAGAGAAACGGGCAGAGAAGCAUAAUAUAUCUGGAGUUGAAAGCACUAAAACACCUGACCAUGUGCGUAACAAGGAACACAAUAUCCCUGCUUCUGGUAACAAUGGUUCGACGAAAACUCCAUCCAACCGGAGAGAAGAACAGGUGCAUCUCAGACCAAGAGGCUCUGUCCAUGAGAAUCACCCCAAAGAGAAACUGCUUGAUCAUCCAUCCUCCAACAGUAUCGCCCAGGCUCAGACUUCAUCAGCGGAUGAUAUGGACAUCUGUACUCCGGAGCAUGAUACUGAGUCCAUAGUAGAGCCUGUGUUAAACACAACUCCUGAUUCAACCCUGACAACUAUUAUCAACUCAGUGAGUAAGACCACCCAGGACGACACGCUUCAUAACCAAGUUCCACCCCCGGCAAUCUUUGACAUCAGUUCCCACUGCGCAGCAGUGGGAACUAUUCUGGACCUGAAAUGGAAGCCCUUGAAAGGAACGACGCCGUCAGCGUUAGCAAGUCUUCUGGCGGUCUCCUCUAAGAGCAACCGCCCGGCGGAGCACCUGACGCCCCGGUCCCAGGGGGUCAAGAUGGAGAUCAAAAGCAAGAGCCGGGUUCGACCAGGCUCCCUCUUCGACGAGGUGCGGAAGACGGCCCGGCUCAACCAGAGGCCCCGGAACCAGGACGGCUCCAGUGAAGAGGACUCCCAGGCUGGGUCCAGGGAGGAGUCCCACACACCCAGGAAGUCCGGUUCCAUGUCCAGCCACCGGUCUCACUCCAGAAGCCGCUCCCUUUCCUACAGCAGGUCUAGAAGUAGAUCUCGCCGCUCCAGCUACAGCUCCAGCAGUCGCAGUAGGAGUCGGAGGAGAGGCGGCCGGAGGCGCUCACGCAGCCGCAGCAGCACGUACCGGAGCUACCGCAGUCACAGACGGACCUACAGCAGGAGCCACUCCAGGAGUCGGUCCUACACCAGGAGGUCCAGGUCGGACUCUGAUGACAGUGCCUCCUCCAGGAGCGCCAGCAGGAGGUGCAGGCGCCGCCGGAGGAGCCACAGUGACCGCAGUUCGGAGCGGCGCUCGUGGUCCUCUCCCUGGUCUAGCCGUAGCUCCUCCAGACACAGGACCCUCAGCAGCGGCAGCCGGUACAGCUGAGGCCCAGAACCAGACACCCUCCUCUCUGGAUGUCUGGAGACCACGUGGACCAGCUCUACCAAUCGUCAGGGAAUGUUCUACGAUCCGUUUCUUCCAGAAUAUUAUUUUCGGACUGUCUUUGUUUUUACUACCUUCCCCACAAGUUAAAGGAACGUCCCUCCCUGUAAAUGUUUGUAAUAUUUUUGAUUGUAAUUUCUUUAUUAAUUGUUAAUAACCAAAUCGUCAGGACUCUAUCUAUAUAUAUAUAUAUAUAUAU